UCUUACUAAUCAUUUUCAGAUUGAUCAUUCUUGUCUGACCACUGGCGAGACGUGUCGUUGCUGGUCGCCUUCCCGCUUUAUUGUCCAACAGCUAAAAAAGGCACAACGAUGCAAGCGACGCUGACGUUUCUGCUCGCAUUUUUCGCUGUUUUCUUGCUGUCUCCGGAGCUUGUGUCCAGCAAACGUGCACCUGCAGCUGCCAAGAAGCCCAUGUGUAACCGCGAGUGCAAACGCGAGCAGCUCAUCCGAAAUCACCGCCAACAGCUGGAAGACAAACUGCGUCAGGAUCGACUUGCUCGUCGCGCAAGCUGGCAGCGAAAUGAGAGCAAGAUAAGAUGGACAGAGGUCAAUCAGGACGAUUUACUAGCACUUGUGUCAUUGUACAACAACACAAAUGGAGCGAAAUGGGUAAAAAACAGCGGUUGGACGAAUGGAAUGCAUGGAGAUCCGUGCGGUCAGCAGUGGUAUGGUGUGUCAUGCAACGCCGACAACAGAGUCAUCGAUAUCGAGAUGGUCUACAACCGGCUGUCCGGCAGACUGCCGGACGAUUUGGCAAGGGCCGACCAACUGCAGCAUUUGGUCUUGUAUUCUAAUGCUUUGAGUGGCCCAAUUCCGUCAAACCUGUUCUCACACCCUAACCUGGUGGAACUGAAUCUGAAUUACAAUGAGCUGUCGGGUCAACUGCCUUCGCAGGUGCGCAUGCCCAAACUCGAGCGUUUGAUUCUUUAUACCAAUAAACUGACGGGACCAUUACCCGAAGAAUGGGACACUCCCGAGCUGUUUUAUUUCGAGAUUUCAUCGAAUGUGUUUACUGGUCGUCUUCCCCCUGCUAUCGGAGAUUUAGAAAAACUGGAACUACUCAUCAUUUCUCGAAAUAAUCUGACUGGUCCGUUUCCGUCUAGUCUUGCUCGGCUCAGUCGUCUGAAUAAACUGUGGUUGUUUAACAAUGAACUUAGAGGCGAAUUUCCAGACUUACGAUCUUCGAGCAACAUGAACGACUGUCAGAUGGAUGGCAUCACUGGUCCUUUUCCGAACUGGCUGGCCAGUAGUUGGCCAAAAGUACAGUACUUAUUGUUGGUGAGAGGAAAUAUGAGUGGACAACUUCCAGAGUCUGUGUGUGAUAUUCAAAGCAUUAAACAGUUGUGGCUAUUUCAGAACAACUUUGAAGGCGAGAUACCGAGUUGUUUAGGUAGACUGAAGUCAUUGUUGAGUCUGGAGCUGUCGGACAACAAGCUGUCAGGCUCGAUUCCCGAGAGUUUGGGCGAUGCGUCCAGUUUGAGAGACCUCUACUUAUCACGAAAUAACUUGACAGGAGGAAUACCGGAAAGCCUCGGUAAUCUCAAGAUGGAGAUCCUCGAUCUGUCAAAUAACAUGUUGAUUGGAGGCAUUCCGUCAUCAUUUGAGAACUAUAUCAACCAUACCUUUUCAUUUUCUCUUUGUUAUAAUCUGCUGUCGGGUCCAAUACCACAGAAUCUCGAAACAUUUUUCAAGUUCAUCGAUCACUUUACGUGUAACUUGUAUGAUAACCCUUGGUCGUGUCCUCUUCCCUCGUUUGUUCCAAAAAGCUGUCAGUGUGGAUGUUCAGAGUGUAGUAGUGUUGCGGAUCACACAGAGUGUUCUCAAUGUACAGCGCACUCUCAUUGUGGCUAUUGCUCGUAUGGAUCAAACUGUCUGGCAGGUAUACAGUCGGGUUCGACUGGGUAUUUUUGCCCGGUUGGACAGUGGAAGUAUGCUGGUGAAUGCUGAAGAUGAAAUUAUAACUUUGAUCAGCUUUGAGAUGGUCUAGGAUUGAAGUGUGUGUUUGUUUGUGUUUACGUUUUUGGUACAAUCAUGUUUACAUGAGAAUUGUUUUGCUGGCAGAAACUGACUGCUAUGGGUACAUGACUGAUAGUUAGGCUAUAGUAGUGUAGUCUAGUUACUACAGAAAUGUAGUCACUCUAAAGAAUGCUCAGAUUCUAAAAUCAGUUA